GUAAAAAGGGUCGGUCCUGUGCGACGCUUUACGUACACUGGGUUACGCAGGCGCAGACGUCCUGCUCUCGUCCAAUCCGGAGCGAGGCUGGCUCCCGGCCGGCCGUCGCUCCUCCCCGCCCCUUCCCUUUCGCACCCGUCUCCACCCAGAGAGGGCCGCCUCUCUGCGGCCGGCCAAUGCUCUGCAUCUUCCUUUGCGCGUUUGCCCUAUCGGAGAGGUAGGGGGUGGAGUUCCGGGCGUCCGCCGCGCACCGAGGCUGAGCUCGCGUUUCUUCCCGCGCGCGUUGCGGGCUUGCGGUGGAGUCACACAGAGAGAGAGAGAGAGAGAGAGAGGCAGAGACACAGGCAGAGGGAGAAGCAGGCUCCAUGCACUGGGAGCCCGACGUGGGAUUCGAUCCCCAGUCUCCAGGAUCGCGCCCUGGGCCAAAGGCAGGCGCCAAACCACUGCGCCACCCAGGGAUCCCCUAUCAUCCUAUAUUAUUUUUACUACGCUUGGAUGCUCCUCCUGACAUGGAGAAGAUUGAGGAACGUUUUGCUAACCUGAACAUUGUUAAACGUUCCUCAGGAACUAAAGAGCCUACUUAUCUGCUUGGCAUAGACACAUCAAAAACUGUACAAGCAGAAAAAGAAAAUUUGGUUGCUGUUUUAUGUUCUAAUGGAUCUAUCAGAAUAUAUGACAAAGAAAGGUUAUACAUACUACGAGAAUUUAGUGUAUAUCCUGGACUUCUUAAUGGAGUCAAAUUUGCAAAUUCUUGUGACAGUAUAUAUUCAUCAUGUACUGAUGGCACCGUAAAAUGUUGGGAUGCUCGAUUAGCGAGUGAAAAACCUAUCCAGCUGUUCAAGGGUUACCCUUCCAAUAUUUUUAUUAGUUUUGAUAUCAACUGUAAUGAUCAUGUUAUUUGUGCUGGUACAGAAAAAGUUGAUGACGAUGCAUUGUUGGUAUUUUGGGAUGCAAGAAUUAAUUCUCAGGAUUUGUCUACUACUAAAGACCCACUUGGAACAUAUUCAGAGACACAUAGUGAUGAUGUCACCCAAGUAUGCUUCCAUCCCAACAAUCCCAACAUGGUUGUCUCAGGUUCAACUGAUGGCCUAGUAAAUGUAUUUGAUAUUAGUGUUGACAAUGAAGAAGAUGCACUGGUUACUACCUGUAACUCAGUUUCAUCGGUAAGCUGUAUUGGUUGGUCUGGAAAGGAUUAUAAACAGAUUUACUGCAUGACACAUGAUGAAGGAUUUUGUUGGUGGGAUCUUAAUCAUCUGGAUACUGAUGAACCAAUUACAUGUUUGAACAUCCAGGAUGUCAGAGAAGUAAUUAAUGUGAAAGAAGGUACUUUAGAAUAUUUAAUUGGUGGCCUAUAUCAUGAAAAAAUGGACAAAUUGUUUGUUGUUGGAGGAACAAACACAGGAACUAUUCACUUAAUGAGCUGCACUACAUCAGGAUUGAUCCAUGUGACCAGCCUUCACGGAGGGCAUGCUGCUACAGUACGUUCUUUCUUUUGGAAUACGCAGGAUGAUUCUUUGCUAACCGGAGGAGAAGAUGCACAGUUGUUACUUUGGAAACCUGGAGCAAUAGAGAAGACAUUUACGAAGAAAGAUAGCAUGAAAAUAGCAUCCUCUGUGUCCCAGCGAGUUCGAGUUCACAGUAAUGAUUCUUAUAAGAGAAGGAAAAAGCAGUGAUAUGUUGUUGGGAGUUUACUUGAGAGGUUUUUAUGUAGAGUUGCGAGUCAUUAUUUUUGUGUACUACCUGUGAUAGAUAUGUUUAAAGCUCGUAUGUAAAAACAAGCCAAUUAGCAAACAGUCCUGGAAAAAUGUUGAAAAUGGUUUAAUUCAGGUCUUCAUGUAUUCUAAAAUUAUUUUUUUUAAAGCUGCCAGUUGAGUAUAUAAUCAGUGAGUUGAAAGUAAAAUUACAUUCCUCAUUUUUAAAACCCAUCUGUUGAGUUAGUAAAUGUUGGGUUUAAAGAAAUAGCUUUGAUAAGGACUUUUUAAAAGUAGAUGGCUGGUAUGACUUUAAAAAAUCAGGUGGUUUGAGCUAUGUUUUUUAAGUUUAGUUUUUUUUUUUACAUUUUAAAUCAUCUUCAUUAUUUAUAAAACCAAAUCAGACUGUUUUCUUUUUUUUUUUUUUUUUUUCAGACUGUUUUCUAUAGGAGCUCCCACUUGCUUAAUACACAUAGAUUAUGUUGGAGUAUUUAAAUGUAAAUAUGCUAAUUAUUCUAAAUAGUAUUAAAAUUUUUUAGAAAUAAAGUGAUUUACAUCUAUUUAAGAAAGAUAUAUUUAGUAUAUAUUUGCAUCUAUCUAUCAAUGGAUAGAAUUUUUUUUCUUUUAGGUAGGCUCCAUGCUGAGCUCAGUUAGGGUUAGGAAGUCACAACCCUGAGAUCAUGACCUAAGCUGAGAUCAAGAGUCAGACGCUUAACGAAUAAAGCCACCCAGGCAUCCCUAUUUGCAUCAGUAUUUUUAAACAGUUACAUAGCAAGCAGGUGUUUCAUUGAUGAAAAAGAAAUUAUCUUACAAAAUUCAUUUUGAGACUCAAAGGGAAUAUACAAAAAUGGAAUUAUUUAUAAUAGAAUGACUUUUUAUUUCAAAAUAUUCUAUUUUGUGAUAAAAUUUUCUUACAUAGUGUUUCAUCCAUAAUCUUAAACUUAAGUGCCCAUGGGGAGUGGAGGCAAUGCAGGAGGUGCUGCUGGGGAAAGGAGAACACCAUAAUUUUAAGCUUGAAUUUUUGUUUACUGCUAUUUUUUCAUCUUUUUAAAAAAUUUAGAUUAUUUACUUAUUUAUUUGAGAAAGAGAGAGAGCAGAGCAAGUGAGAACAUGAGUAGGAGGAGAGAGGCAGAGAGAGAAGGAGAAGCAGGCUUCCUGCUUGGCUCAAGGUACAUAAUCCUUAUUUAAGUCAGGGCUGGAUCCCAGGACCCUGGGAUCAUGACCCAAGCCAAAGGCAGACACCCAACCGACUGAGACAUCCAGGCACCCCUCAUCCUUACUUUUAAAUAUUUUCCCAAAGAAUCUUAAUUAAAACCUUGGUCACUCUUGGGGUACCUGGUGGCCCAGUUAGUUAGGCAUCUGACUCCUGAUUUUGUCUCAAGCUGUGCUCUCUGAGCUGUGAGAUCAAACCCCAUGUUGCUCCGUGCUCAGAGUGGAGGCUGCUUGUCCCUCUUCCUCUGUUCUUCCCCCCCACUCAAGCAGUCUCUCUCUCUCUCUCUCUCUCUCUCUCUGAGUAAAUAAAAAUCUUUUUUUAAAAGUUGGUCACUCUAAAGAUUUGGCAUGUUUUUUGUUUUUAAUUACAAGUAAAAUAUCUUUAUAGAUAAGAAUAUUUAUAAAGAUAUUUUAAAACAUUUUUAUCUUUUGAACUAAAAAUAUUGUCAUGAAAAAUACAAAUAUUACUUUAGAACCUUUUACAUUUCUCAGGGUGUCUGGGUCGCUCAGUCAGUUAAGUGUCUGCCUUCGGCUCAGGUAAUGAUCCUAGGGUCCUGGGAUUGAACCUGAGUAAGGCUCCCUGCUCAAUAGGGACCUUUUAUGAAGCAUUUACAUUUCUCUUUAAAUUUUAAUGACUUAUCUCUGAGACCGUAGCACUGGGGGGAAAUUGUAUUCCAUAGCACAAUGCAACUUACAUGGAGGUAUGAUCUAGCUUUGCUAAGUUCAGACAGAACAGUAGUGAAGUCACUGUUAAACACCUUCAAAAUACAUGAUUCUUUUUUAUGAAGAUUUAUUUAUAUAUUUUAGAGAGAGAGAGAGAGAGAAUCUUGAGCAGACUCAAUGCUGCACUGUGAGCCCAAGGCAGGGCUUAUAACUGAGAUCUCAUAACUCUGAGAUCCUGACCUGAGCCCAAAUUUAGAGUUAGAGGCUUAACCAACUGAGUACCAAGGCACCCGUCAAAGUACAUAAUACUUAUUUGAAAAAAUUCACGUGUUCUUGCUGUUCAAAUCAUAAGCCUGAGGGCAGCCCUGGUGGCUUAGUGGUUUAGCGCCGCCUUCAGGCCAGGGCCUGAUCCUGGAGACCCGGGACUGAGUCCCACAUCCGGCUCCCUGCAUGGGGCCUGCUUGUCCCUCUACCUGUCUCUGCCUCUCUCUCUCUCUCUCUCUCUCUCUCUUUCUCUCUCAUGAAUAAAUAGAUAAAAUCUUAAAAAAAAAUAAUAAGCCUGAGGUUAAUUCUGGACUUUGUUCUUUUUUUCCUAUCCAGUCAGUCACCAAGUCCUAUGCCACUCCACCUCCUAAAAUCUGUCUGCUGUUCUUUUGCCCUGAUCCCACGCUACUGCCUUAGAUACGAGUUUCAUCCUCUCCUAGAUUACAGACCCUGUCUCUAAUCUGCUCCAGUUCAUUCUUCCUACUAUUUCUAGGCUGAACAUAGAAAACACAGAUUUGAUAAUGCCUCAUGGUGCUCAUAGUCUUUGGUACAUUUUUAUCUUUUGAUGGAGCACUAUGUAAAAAUGAAAAAUCAUGUUUUUAAGAUACUUAAGAUAUGAGACAAUGCUAACUAUGUAAGUAGAAAAGUUGUAUAAGAAUGCUUGGCGACAUUACAUUUAUAAAACAACAGGAAAUGAAACAGUUACCAAAACACUAAAACUUUAAAAAAUAUUUAAAACUGAAUGGGACACCUGAGUGGUUCAGUUGGUUAAGCCUCUGCCUUCAGCUCAGGUCAUAAUCCUAGGGUCCUGGGAGUCAUGCGUCGGGCUCUCUACUUAAUGAGUCUGUUUCUCCCUCUCUUUCUACCUGCUGGCCCCCCUGCUUAUGUUUGUUUUCUCUGUCAAAUAAAUAAAAGUAAAAUAUUUUAAAUAAAUAAAAUUUAAAAGCAA